AUGGCGGAGGACAGGCAGAUGCUGUGGGAGAUGGAGCUGGACUUUGAUGGGGGAAUGUGGUCCAGAGUGAUGAAGGCAGACGUAGAUGAAACCAAGCAGGUGAUGGGAGCAGUCCGUACUGAAGAGGGACAGUGCAGGUGGGUCCAGGUCAGAACCAGGAACUACAGCAGAACCAGGAACUACAGCAGAUCCAGGAAAUACAGCAGAUCUAGGAAAUACAGCAGAUCCAGGAACUACAACAGAUCUAGGAAAUACAGCAGAACCAGGAACUACAACAGAACCAGGAAAUACAGCAGAACCAGGAACUACAACAGAUCCAGGAAAUGCACCUGGAACAAGCACCAACUGCGAAGAAGUGGGAUGGCGCUCGCCCGACUGCAGAUGGAGGAAGAACUGAGGGAGCUCCAACGAGCUGUCACCGAGGGACUGAGCCGCCUCUUGGGAGCAAACCCAAGAGGAAAAGAGCCGGCUAGCGGAGAGUUCGCUCCCGUAAUCCCCGACAGCUCCACCACACCUAGAACCCGCCGCCGCAAAACGGUGGGCCGCCACAGGCAGCAGCUGCUAGCAGGAGAGAUGCUCCAGCCGGCAGCCAGCCAGGGGUGCCUCGCUGAGUGUUUGCUUUCUGCACAGCAGCGGCGCCGGGCGGCUCCCCACUCUCGGCUGGUGGUGCCCGGUGGCUGGCUGCCGACGGCUGGGGAGAUGCUCCGGCAGCCGAGGAGAUGCUCCGGCAGCCGAGGCACUACGAGAAGCCGAGAGAGGCUCACGUCCCGGCCCCCACACGACUUCCGCGUUCAAGCUGCACGUCAGGAUGGCUCAGAGUGGGCCCGGAGAAGAAGAAGGGUGAGAGACCAAGCCGCCUACGUCGCCUACGUCGCCGCUGCUCUCCAGACAGCUACUACUGGUGCCAUGAGCCUGGUCACUUCGCACGAGACUGCCCGGCACCGCACUGAGAAGCCGAGCUCUGGGAAACAAGAGAAGAGUGGCGCUGUGAGAGAACCGCCACUCCAGAACCCCCUCCCUCACCCAGGACAACGCACGCUGGAAAUAGGAAAACGUGCCAAGACACAAACUGUGGGCAGUGAAGGAGACGGAGAGACUGGAAGUUACAUUCUUGUCAUCUUAGACCGCCUAGUUGCUGCGAUGGUCCCACCAACUGAGAGUGACAUCAGAAAAGCAGUGAAGACUCCAACAGUGGAUUUGGACCUUCUGGCCAUUGGUCCUGAGAGUCAACACAACAAGGCUGCCCGCCUCUCUGUCCAAAACCUGACCAUGGAAAUCAACAUUGAAGCUCUAGCCAGCGCCAACAAUGGUUCUGCAGCUGCUGCCUUUCUGACACUGAAUGGGACAGAAAACCUUCUUAGUCAUCAAUAUUUCAAAUCAGAGAACAAGACGGAGAUGUAUUCGGAUGUUUUCACUGCCAUAUUACCCAAAACAAUCAACACCAACCUCACAGAGCCCGUCAACUUCACCAUCUUCCACAAGAAAGUACCCGAAUCAGGAAUUGCCACCUGUGUGUACUGGGACAACAGAAGCCCGAACAAUGAAGAGAGGCCGAAGGAUGAUGGAGAAGGUGGAGAGACCUUUCAUUGGUCAGUAGAGGGCUGCUGGGUUUCACACUCGGAGGAAAACCACACGGUUUGCAGCUGCUCUCACCUUUCUACCUUUGCCCUCAUCAUGCAGAUUGGGGAGACUCCACCACAAAGUGAUUUCUUAGAGUGGCUGAACCGAAUAUGUGUAAUUGUCGGACUGUUCUUCUUUGCGUUGGCCAUCCUCACCUUCCUCCUGUGCAGCUGGAACCCAAAAAUCAACAACACAGCUCGCCUUCACCUCUGCCUCAACCUCGGUUCAUCUCAUCUGCUACUACUGUGGAAUGACAGAUUUCUGGAUGACGAGCUGGCCUGCACUGUCAUGGCAGGACUUCUCCACUUCUUAGUCGUUGCCAGCUUUGUGUGGAUGCUGCUGGAGGCCCUGCAGCUUCAUCUGCUGGUCCGAAGGCUCUCCAAGGUGCAGGUCAUCCAGAGAGACGGUCUCCCCAGGCCGCUGCUCUACCUGAUUGGCUACGGAGUUCCGUUUGUGAUUGUGGGCAUUUCUGCGCUGGUGUAUUCUGAUGGAUACGGUGCUACUGAAGCACAGGCGUGCUGGCUCUCGAGGCAGCGCAACUUCAACUGGGCUUUAACAGGCCCAGUGAUUGCUAUCCUUGGACUCAAUUGCAUUUUGUUCUCUGCUACUCUAUGGAGUCUGAGACCCACUUUGGCCAACAUGAAAAGUGAUGUUUCCCAAUCCAAAGACACCAGGAUAAUUGUGUUUAAAAUCGUGGCCCAGUUCGUCAUACUGGGCUGCACAUGGAUUCUGGGUUUGUACCAGACAAACCUUUUCUUCCAGGUCCUCUUCAUCAUCCUCAACUCCCAGCAGGGCACCUGCCUUUACAUCGUACACUGUCUGCUCAACAAGGAGGUGAGAGAGGAGUACAGAAAGUGGCUGAAAUGCUCCUGCAGAGAAGACAGAACUGUGAAGGAUGCACCUUCAGUCACUGAGGACUUGGACAAGCCCGAAUAACAGAGAAGUGAGAAAUGA